CUCUGCUGCAUUAUCCGGGACGAGGCAAGGUACCUGGAGGAGUGGAUAGAGUACUCACGCAUGAUCGGGGUGAACCACUUCUUCCUGUACGAUCACGGGAGCAAGGAUGACACGAGGGAGAUACUGGCCCGAUACGUUGAGGAAGGCAUCGUGACAGUGCACAACUGGAGCUUCCCGGGCUACCCCCAACGAGAGGCCCACACGCACUGCACGCAUCGCUACGGCCACCUGACGAGCUGGCUCGGGCUGAUGGACGUGGAUGAAUUCCUUGUUCCGGUACGCAGCGACUCCAUCGACUGGCUGCUCAGCUACUUCGAGCAUGACCUUGUCGUCCUCCGCUUCUCUGCCAUGAUGUUUGGGACCUCUGGGCACGAGGAGAUGCCGCAGGGCCUUGUGGUCGAGAACUACAUC